AUGCUUAGAACCCCUCUAUCCUACUUGAAGCACCGCAUUGAUGAGAUAAAUGCAGAGACAUUCAAGUAUUGCUAUACUAUGAUUGAAGGGGAUGCCUUGACUGGUAAGCUAGAGAAGAUCACUUAUGAGAUUCAGCUUAUGGCUUCCCCGGCUGGCGGUACCAUUGCCAAGACCACAAGAAAAUACUAUCCCUUGGAUGGUGUUGAGACAAGUGAAGAGGAGAUCAAGACUGGCCAGGAAAGAUCCAGAGCCAUGUUCAAGGUUUUGGAAGACUACCUCAUCAAAAACCCAGAAGCAUAUGCUUAG